AGAAAUAAGGUCUAUAAAUAAAUAUUUCUAUAAAAAAUUAAAGAGAGUGAUCCAGUCGAAUUUUCUGUUCCAAAUCAAGUGGCUGCAAGAUAUUAACCCUUUAUAAGUAGUACUCACGAAGCUCGAUCAAACUCAAAGGCCCUGCUCACAGGAAUAAUGGAUUUAAUCGGAAUCAACGAGUUACGCAUGGCUGCUUUCGCAUACUAUCACAAUGCCUCCCAGGACCUUCAGAAGCAAGCACGUGCCUUCUUUGAUGCGAUGGAUAUAAAUCGGGAUGGCCGAGUCAGCUUGGGUGAGUUUAUCACGUUCUUCCGAGAACACGGUUACGACUGGAUAGACAACGGCAGGUUCGGGGAGUUCGACCGCGACGGGGACGGGAACUUGGAUUUCUACGAAGUCCUGACGUUGUACUACGCCAUUAAAACACGAAGUGCGUGGUGCCGAGUAUGCGGGACGUGGCUAACGAGGCUUUAUUUUACAUGCGUCACAUGCUUUGACAGCGGUGGCGACACCUACGAUCUUUGUCCCGCCUGCUAUGCCAAGCAUGCAAAUAAUAGGCCCCAUCACGGGCCGAAUGGUCAUCCCAACAUCUUCCUAGAUAGCUAUGUCUUGCUACGGGCCAGGAGAGGCCAGACGCCUGCUGCUCCUCCAAAUAUGAGUCUGCAGGCACUAGCUCCUCAACUUGUUCCUCAACGUCCACCUGCAAGGGCACUAGUUCUUCGACCGGCUCCCCAACGUCCACCUGCAAGGUUCAUUGCUCGGUCGUCGAUCAGCUUCAAAAUCCACAAAGAAGUAUGGAAGCUUCAACCCACAAAGAGAAUUCAUGGUGAAUAGAUUGAAGAGAACCCCACGAAGAGAAUGUAACUUGGUUAUGUACGAGAAGCUCCACCCACGACACCCAUAAAAGAUGAAGGGAGAAUCCACCUACGAAGACGAGGAAGCUAUGCAUGUGUAUUUUUGUUCUUGUAUUAUAUUUAUAUUUUUCUUUUUCUUUAAUUAAAUCAGCUGAUGUGGCAUUGUGGAUUGCACCAUGGUUACGCAUGGCUAUUGUCCAUAAAAGAACUAUUUCCCUUUGUUAUUUUUUACAGCUCUUGUCGGUAUUUAUCGGUGCUUUAAAUUAGCAUAUAUGGAAGUAUUUGAUAUAUUUGGUAUUAA